AUGGGUCCGCUUACAGAUGAAGAAGAACUUCACAAUUCUCUCUUAAGCCCUGCCUCUGGAUAUGGCUUCGAUUCAGCUGCAGAGUAUACCCAAGCUUUAACACAGGCAAAUAUAAUUCGCAAAUACCCCCAUCGGAUUACUUUCACACAUAGUGACUUCAAGGCUCAUAAUAUUAUCCUCGGAGAUGAUGGCCAUCUAUCUGGUUUUCUUGAUUGGGAAUCUGCGGGGUGGUAUCCUGAAUAUUGGGAUUUUACGACUGCAAUGAGAUAUGGAAAGAACAGCUGGUGGUAUCAGGUGGCUUUGUGGAUUGGUGGGGACCAGUACGAUGGGGAGUUGGCCUGUGAUAUUGCGCUCAACUCAUUGACAGUUGACUCAUAUGUAGCUUUCUGA